UGGAUCUACGUGUCAUUAGAUGUAUUGGUUUACACACAUUCUGUGUCGCGCUGAGAUUAUUAGUAUCAAAGGUUUUAACUACUUGUAUUAGCAAAAUAAAACUUUACUCGCUACCACAGCAGAAGUGAUGAUCAAAUUAUGAAACAAAUUAUAUGUUGUAUAGUAAUAUAGCGUGUGCCUGUAUAUAGGCAAAUGCAGCCAAAAUAAAUAAAUACUAUACAAAUUGAAUUAAUAAAGACCAAACGUUCAUAGCAGUGGGUGUUUUAUUCGUUACUCUUGUACCCAGCCGAGUGAUUUUACAGACGGACCAGCUUCCGGUACAUUUGUCAACAACAUCCACGAGGAGCUCGCGUGGAUUUAACUUUCAAAAUGCCUAAAGCCCAGAAGGCGAAACCGGCAGAGAAAGUAGUGCAUCCGUACAGCAGGAAGGCAGCAUAUCUGGCCCGAGAGGAGCUGCGGCUCAAGAGGAAAGAGAAACAUAAAAAUGAUAAAGCUACGCGCCUCAACAAUAUAGGAGAAAAGCUGUUGUGGUUUCAGGAACAACUUGAUCCCUCAAAGACAAAUUACACCAAAAGAGAUGCUUGUGACAUCAUUGAAAGAUACCUGCAAAGAUUUGAUGCUGAGCUCGAGCAGAUAGAGUUGUUAAAUGGAAUCAAAGGCCGUCAGGGUCGUCUCCAUGGAGCCAGAGAAGCAGUGAUCAAACAGACCAUCGAAAGAGAGCGGGCACAGUUUGAAGGGGUUGGUUUUGAAAUUCCAGAUAUCAUGAAUACAAAACAUCUAAAAACGUUCAGAGAAUGGACUGGUGAUUUGAAGAAAUUACCAAAUAUAAAACUACGUAAAAUUUCGAACAAAGGACUGGACAUAAAAUCUGGUGAGCAGGAGAAGAAUGAGGAAGAGAAAGAGGAAGAAGAGCAAGAUGAAGGGGAUAAAAAUGCUUUAGAAGAAGAGUUACAAGGAGGUGAGGAGGAGGAGGACUUGGACAACGAGCAGGAGGACAUGCCUUUGAUGUCAGACUGAGCGACUAGAGAUUUUCUGAGAUCAACUUUGGAAGUAUCUACUGCUAUUACCGAACAGACCUGUAGAGGACGCCAAACACAAGGACACAAGAAACUUGACAGACACAUGAGCGGCUCCUACGUUCAUUUAUUUUGCAAAUAAACUGAAAUGCAAGCCAAGUCUUCGGUUCAGUCCAAUAUGAAAUAAAAAGUGCUUGAAUGUAGUUUAAAUGAAUUAGGAAAAGUUGAUUGUGUAGUAUUAAUAUUACAGUUUAAACCUAUGUAAUAUCAGAAUUAUUUUAUUGAUAUCUAAUUUUUCAUAGUAAAAUUGGCAAGAGACAAAUAUAGUUGAUCUUUUAUUAAGACACAGCACCAGAUUUGUUUGUUUUGUUGGAAUCUGUUGUUCAAAAUUAAUGAAUUUUGUACUUAUUUAAGAUGUGUUAUUUGCCUCUUGAAAUAACUAUUUUGUGUUUGUUUGCCACUGAUCUUUGGUUUGUAUAAACCUGAUUGUCCACCUGUAAAGCAUGUGUAUUUUAAACAAAGUGCCUUUGGGACUGAGUUUAAGUGCAACAUGUCCAUUUCAGGAUGCAUAAGUAUUAAAUUAAAUUUAAAGAGCCUAUGUGAAAAUGACAAUGCACAAUCUACAAUUCCUUCUAAUAAACACUGUAACAGCACCGUCUGUGACAACGUGAAACCAGAACACAUGUAUUUAUAACUGUUUGUCUUGGCAAUAAACAGCCAUCACAUAUGGCCUCAUGAUUACAAAA